AUGGCGGCGGCCGCGGAGCGGGAGCGGCAGGAGCGGCUGCGGGAGGCGGCGGCGCUCGGGGACGCGGAGGAGGUGCGGCGGCUGCUGGAGCUGGGGGUCAGCCCCAACUCCCAGAACGAAAUCAACGGCUGGACUUGCCUGCACUGGGCAUGCAAGCGGAACCACACUGCAGUGGUGGCUCACCUGCUGUGCGCCGGCGCUGACAAGGAGAUCCUCACCAAGAAGGGAGAGAGGCCAGCCCAGCUGACGUCCAGGAGCGAGAUCAGGAGGAUGCUGGGAGUGGAAGGUGAAGAACUCACAGCCCUAAAGGAAGAACCAGAGCUGCCAAUCAUCCCUAAUUACCUGGCCCACCCCCCUUUCCCUUACAUUUAUAACAGCAUGAGUGGAAGCAUUCCAGACUCUGCUGUCAAUAGGAGCAUCUCCCACUUGGACCCAGAGGAUGCCAGCUCCUCCUCCCUGCCUGCUGUGCAGCCUGGCACAUGUGCAGCGCUGCAGCCCAGGGGCGCGGCUGCCCAGGCAGCUGGUGCUGGGGACACACUAUCGCUGCCCAGAGGCUGUGCUGCACCACCAUGUGCAAAGCCUGUCCUCCAGAGAGUUCCACUUUACCAGGGCUCAGUGUCCUGGAGAAGUCCCCCUUCGCCAGCUGCAUCAGCCCAGUCCAUACCUCAGCAAGAGAACGGCUCCUGCCUGGGGCAUAUGCCAGCAUUUCAGCCGCUGUUCUUCACGGGAACUUUUCCCCUUAACAUGCAAGAACUGGUGCUUAAGGUCAGAAUACAAAACCCUAAUCUUAGAGAAAAUGACUUCAUUGAGAUUGAGCUGGACAGACAAGAGCUAACCUACAAGGAGCUGCUCCGAGUGAGCUGCCAUGAGCUGGGCAUCAACCCUGAGCACGUCCAGAAGAUCAGGAAGUUACCCAAUACAGUGUUAAGGAAGGACAAGGAUGUGGCAAGGCUGCAGGAUUUCCAGGAGCUGGAGCUUGUUCUGACAGUAAGCGACAGAAGCUUUCUUUUCAGACCAGCAGCACUUUCUGAGCAGGGUGGCUACAACAAGAAGGCUUCAGAGCUCACAUACUAACUGUUCAGAGACUAACGUACAACA